AUGAAUACCACCAUAGUCUUGGAGACUGCGGCCAUUGCUACUAAAUGUGUUCCAGUCGCAGGGACGUAUCUUGAGAGCAUUCUCGGUACGACGGCGAAAAUCGCAAUGAUCGCCGAGCGAGCCGAGUCAAACAAGGAGGAUUGCCAGUUGCUGGCUCGGCGUGCCGCCGGAGUUGCUGGAGCGGUAGCGAGCAAGGUCAUGAGUAUGGAAGUUCAACAGGCCACGAAGCUGGACCCGGAUGUCGUGAGGCUCCUCAGAACUCUGGAGCGGACACGGGAUCUCGCCAAGAAACUAUCGAAGCUCAGCUUACUCCGGCAGAUCUGGAGCUACUCCAGGAUUGACAAAGAACUGGACCGUAUCUCGUCGGAGUUUGAGGACGCGUUGCGCAUAUUCGGGAUUAGUUCAGGGGGGGAGAUGGUGCAUCAGAGGAUAGCCCUCGAAGGAGUGCAGCAAUCCCUUGAGAGUAUGGCUACGAUGAAGAGCUUUGAGUGCGACUACGAUGGCGACUUUAUGCUGUUCCGCAGCUGUGAAAUCUAUAUUCAUGAAGAGCUUCGGAAGCUGGACGGCGCAGACUCGGCGGCGUAUCUCGUUAGUGUACCGACCCGCAUGAAAGACGAGACGCUUGUCAUGAAAAGGUAUCCUCGUCGCGACGCCGCAUAUAACAUCAAGUUGUCGCUUCUCCGGGAUAUGCGCCUCCGGUCAAUUUCGCACCCAACAUCCUCUACGCAGACAAUACGGAUCAGCCACUCCGCCUAUGUAAACGAAGCCGGCCGUGUCGUACUUGAGCUUGAAUUUUCAGAGCUGGGAUUAGAACAGCGUAAACUGUACUGGGACCACAAUCAUCGGCGGCCUUAUCGAAUUCAGGGUAGUUCGCUCAGUUCACUUUUCAUUUCGAGUCCCACUUGGACGUACAGCGCACCUGGGGCUGCAGCCCAGGGGACACUGGACAUAUCCGCGCUUGAACUUCUCAAAGGAUUGCUCACGAUACGAGAUGACGGAGAAAUCUCUCAUUGCUUGUUCACCUCACGAGUACUCGGUACGGGGUUUGCGAGUGCAGGGCCGAUAAUCAACAUCGGUUUGAAUGACCACCCAUGUCUUGGCUGGCGAGGUCAAGCCGAAGUCGAUAAUGAGGUGCCCAACUCCUAUCGCGCACGUACUCAAGUUCAAGCCGACGGCACACCGGCAAGCUUGGAUGAAGACGCGCCCGUCGUGCUGCCGGACGGCACGAUUCGGCAUACUCUUCAUAUCAAGAAUGGCGUAUCAGGGAUAUCGUUCCGCGAGCAUGCGUGGGCCCAAUCCGUUGUAUCGUCGGCGUGGUUAUGGCUGUUUCGGCACGGCCUUCAAGUAGCGGAUUUUCUCAAAAUCCCCGUCACUGACUUAGGUGCAGCUUGGGGUUACUGGGCUUGGGACGAGGAGGGAAACGACACGUCUACCAUCACGUCAUGCUACUAUGACGGGUACCGAUGGAUUCUUCAGCUGGAGCUGCAUGGAUUGAUAUUCACGAUGACCCUUUGGUCCGGGUUGAAGUACGCCGCCCUCUCCGACGAUCUUGCACGACUCAUUAGGGGCUGUCGGGAUGAAGGCUAUGGCUUAGACGACGACGACGAUGGCAGUGGUGAUCUCGGUGCACUGGAAGACUGGACUACGGAAUCUCACAGCGAGGACGAGUUUCUCGAUCUACCCAGAUCAUACUCUGAUGCCGGUGGCCACCAUACAGCACAGCAUGAAGACUUCCUUGGACAUGACGAGGAAUGCAAUGCAUCAUGGGAUAUCAACGCCGACGGCGAAACCGUCGGUCCGGCUGGCCAGAGUUCGGAGGACAGCAGCGAGGACGAAUAUCUCGAUGCAGAGGAUUGCGGCCUGAGAGAUGAGAGCGGGGUAUAUAGCUUGUGUUGA